AUGACCAGAAUAACUUAUGCAAGUGCAGUUGGAAGCUUAAUGCUUGCAAUGGUCUAUACUAGGCCAAAAAUUGCUCAAGCAGUGGGAGUACUAAGUUGGUUCAUGACAAAUCCAAGAAUUCCACAUUGGGAUACUGUGAAGAGAGUGUUUAGAUACCUAAGAGAUACUUCUCAGUAUGCUUUGUGUUACCAUGGGAAUUUGGUUGUGUCACACAGGAUUGUCAGCAUUCAAGAAUAUGUGGAUUCUGAUUGGGCAGGGGACAUUAACAACAAAAGAUCCACUACUGGAUAUGUAUUCAUGUUGAAUGGUGGUGCAAUUAAUUGGAUGAGAAAGCAACAAGCUGUAGUCUCUUUGUCCACUACAAAGGCAGAGUACAUGGUAGCAACUUGA